CGCCCUGCAGACCUCACUCUUACUCAAUCAAGACCUCUCGUUUCUCAAUCUUGCCCUCCGUGUGCUGGGGCAUCUGGGCAGAGUCAGGCCCAGCUCCUGGGUCUCUCUGUCUUGUAGCUUCCCCAUACCCCUCACUCUAGGCACCCUGGCACGGGGACAUGACAGUAUGACCUGGGAAGCCCUCCACCUGCCGCUGGUCCUACUGCUGUUGGCCUCAGGCUCCUGGGCAGAAUUCCAGGAGGGCGAGCUAGUGUGGGCGGUGCGGCAGCAGGUGGUCUCUGUGAAAUGCCCGUCCAAGCCCCUGGAAGGCGAGUAUGAGAAUAAAACCUGGUGUAAAGAAAUCAGCCCAGGUCGUUGUUCGAAGCUGGUCACCAGCACCAGACCCCAGGCGAUGGCUCAAAACCCUCCACAUUUUAUCUGGGACAACCCUUCUGCGGGCUUCUUCAUUGUCAUUGUGACCGAAAUCACGAAGAAGAGUUCAGGAAACUACUGGUGUGGAAUAGACAGAGGUCCCGAGGGGAAAAUCCAUAUUCUCAGGAACAUCAGCCUGGUGGUGACUUCAAUGACAACCACGUCAACCUUCAUCAGUGACUCUGAUUACUGUCUGUCAAGCGGCACAUUCAUGAUGCUGUUCUGUGCAUUCCUCGUGACCAAGAUCCUGGCUUUGACAGCCCUUCUCCUGUUUCUGGUCUACAGAACCCAGGUCUCUGCCAGUACAACCGGAGUAGUAGCAAUGGCUGCCCCCAGCCCCACAAAGACCUGAGAGUCCG